AUGCAUUGCGCAAUUCACAUUCUGCUGCUUUUCCUUUUUGUGCCACUCUUCGGGAUCAGAGAGAAAGGAUACAGAACAGAUGCGAAGACUUUCAGCGAAGUGGCUUCUUCGGAGCCAUGUAGCUGGUUUUCGGCCAACCCGAUCCAUUGUCUCAGAUCGAAGUAUGUGUUCAAUCACUCCCCACCUUGUACCUAUUAUAUCCCUGGCUUGGAGAACAAACUAGAGGUCAAUGAAAGCAUUGGCUGCUUCUUCAAAGUGAAGAAGGAUGUUGUAGAAGAUGCUCACAGCUACUAUUUGCCCAAAUGGGAUGACGUAAGCACGUUCCUGAAGUCGAGCUCGUUUCUCUUCACUGAACCCCGUGAGGAAGACACGGUGGGAGACACAGGAGCUACGGGUGCAGGAUCUGGCUGA